AUGAAGCAUCCUGGUUCGUUUUUUGCCGGUGGACAAACAGCUGUUGAUUUUCAGGAGCUGGUGUCAACAUUCCAAUCCAUCGAUUUACAUCGCAUAUCUAUUCGACCGCUCACAUCUUCCGAACUUUUGGUUAGCUGGGCUGCGCGGUCUUCUAAUGAAGUGCUUAAACGUAUUGAUGGUUUCAAAAUAAAUGUGCGACCAGUCCCAAUGUCACGUUGCAUAGCUGCUGUUACGUCUAAACCGUCAAAUUAUUUAUCUGAUUUCCGCGAAAACAAUGGGGAUUCAGAAUUGUUGGAUAUUUAUGGUGCUAGUAAUGGAGAUUUUUCAUUCGCUAGUUCAGUCCACUGUAGUUUUACAUCCUCAGAGCUUCUUGAACAAACAGUUUUAAUGGCUAAUUCAUUACCAAUGGGUGGUAAAGAUGUCAUGUACGUUGCAACCUCUGAGCACUCGUUCCAAAAUAUAAUCAUCAUGCAGAGUGUAUCUCGAUAUAAUCCUGGCGCUAAGGCUGUUGUCGGUGAUCUGUCUCCCUUCAGUUGUUAUGAGACUGAUAUUGAAGCCUUCAAGGAUGACCCAACAUAUGGCCGUAUUUUAAGCAGAUCCAGUCGAUCUGAGUUAGCUUUGACUCUUGAUGCGCCACCCAGCUCCUCACCAGAAUUAAUAAGUGCUGAGUGGCUUCUCCAUGUUAGCCCUUUGAAUUCCGAACAAAUUACGGAUAAUCGGAAAAUUAACUCUUCCAUAUUUCCAUCUGAAAGUAUUCGAUUAUCAUGGAGACCACUUGACUUAAGAAUGGCGCAUGGUGCACUCUUAGGAUAUGCAGUACAUAUCCUGGCAAAUGAAAGUCAAUUUAGUCGUUCACUCCAUGUAUCUGCGGACAUCCAUUCAAAAAAUAUUCAUGGCCUAAAUCCGUUCGUUGAUUAUAUGAUUUAUAUAUCUGGAGUGAACUGUAAAGGAGAGGGAGUACGUGGUUCUGGAUAUCACCUCCGAUCUAUUGCUGCCGGGUUGCAUAAUCCUAUUAAAUCUGAUUAUGAAAUAACUAUUUUGGAACAUUUUAAUUUUCCUGUGUGGGCUUAUAUUCUACUUUUUGGAUUUGUUAUCUUUUGGAUUUUCUUCGGUUUGUUCAUACACUUUGUCGUUCGUCAAACUUCAAGAAAGCAGUGUCUUAAAUCUUCAACUCAUUAUUUCAUUGCUAAUGGUUCCAACAUAGAUGCUGAGCAUCAGAAAACCUUUAAGAGAAACAUUAUACGUGGAACAAGUUUUAGAAUGUGCUGUACUUCCCUAACUUGUCACAGAAACAAAUCAGAAAGUCAUUCCGCUGUUGAUAAAAAUGUGAGUACCGUUUUACUGAGGAGUGAGCGACAAGAGGUAGAAACGGGACAUCUACUCCACCAUCUAAAUUCAUCUAAAUCUAAAUUAAAUAAUGACAAACCUGUUUCUGAAUACAAACCAAUGACUUUGCGUUCUGUUUCUGGUAAAAAUGAAACCACUUCUACUGGAUGUGCACAAGGAGCAUCACCGUUAUUCGAUUACAAUGAUCGUAACUUGACUGGGAAUGAAGACGUUGAGGUGUAUGCUAACAGCGAUCCUUCUGUAUGUUCUAACAACCUUAAUUAUUUGCCAUCAGUUGUAUUGAAAGCGACUACAGCGUCGGGUAGCAAUGCAACUAUUUUAAACCAAAAUAGCUUGGUUGAAGAUAAUAUGUCAAACCAAAGUAACCCAACUAACAGACCAAAAUUGCCAGAUUCAAUAAAUAUACCAUUUCCCAUACCUCCGACUUGUCAGUCAAAUUUAUGUACACCGAAAAUUGCAUAUCAAAACAAUCCUUUGAAUUUACUGUCCUUGCAAGAUCGUCUUGUGUCAGACCAACUGGAUGAGUCUUCUGAUCCGCUAAAGUUCACUUCAGAGGAUACUGUGCCCGCGUAUGCAAGUUGUUCAGUAUUUAAUAUGCACAAAACAGAAUUGAUUGAUCAUUGUAAUCAGCAUAGUGGGACACCAGGUACCGUACUGGUGCGUAACAAAAGUCAUUUUUGCACGAAAUUAAAAGACUGUAAUCAAAUUAAUUUCAAUGCAAAUUCAUUCAAUCAAGGGGAUAGUUUAAAAUCCGCGGAAUUUCUAGGAUCUAUGAAUGGAAAUCAUUUACCAUUGUCUAAAGAUUUUCAAAAUACUGCUUCUUGUAGUUGGCAAUUUAUCUCACCUAUUACCAAUAGUCCAGGAAUUCGAGAAGAGGAAAGACAAAAAAAUGUUAUUCCUCCUCCACCUGAAUAUCCACCGCCGCCUUUACCGUCGGGUUCGACAAGAUUAUGUGAUCUGCCUAAUCUAUGGAUUCCAAAUUCUGAACCACCUAGUGACCUGCAUAGGCCAUUUGAACUAAAGGAGCAUCAAUUGCGUUUUGUUUCAGACGACAGUAGUUUACCAAGUGGUGGAAGUGAGUAUAAAACGACUGUUGUCUUUGUUUUGCAUUGGUAUUUUGUUGUCUUAUCUGAUUGA